CAAGUCUCGCAGCGUCACCACACCAACGUAAAACAAAAGCUUGAGUUGAUAUGUCUAGUACGGAAGAAAUCAUGUCAACUCUGAAAAACGCAACUAAGUUUAACGGUGUUGCCUCACCCUCCAGUGUACGAGCUACCAUUGUCCAAGCCUCCACCGUCUACAACGAUACACCCGCCACUCUAGAAAAGGCCAAGAAGUAUAUCGUAGAGGCAGCGAGCAAAGGAUCGGAGCUGGUGGUGUUCCCGGAGGCGUUUAUUGGCGGAUAUCCUCGCGGUUUUAGGUUCGGUAUGGCUGUGGGCGUUUUCAACGAAGAAGGCCGUGAUGAGUUCCGCAAGUACCAUGCUUCUGCCAUUCAAGUUCCUGGCCCUGAAGUAGAAACAUUAGCAGACUUGGCAGGGAAGAACAAUGUGUACUUGGUAAUGGGAGCGAUAGAGAAGGAUGGGUAUACACUCUAUUGCACAGCUCUUUUCUUCAGUCCACAAGGUCAGUUCUUGGGUAAGCACCGUAAACUCAUGCCCACAACUUUGGAACGUUGCAUAUGGGGUCAAGGGGACGGAUCAACCAUCCCCGUUUACGACACUCCCAUUGGCAAGCUAGGUGCUGCUAUUUGCUGGGAGAAUAGGAUGCCCCUCUACAGAACUGCAUUGUAUGCCAAAGGCAUUGAGAUUUAUUGUGCACCUACUGCUGAUGGUUAUAAGGAAUGGCAAUCGUCCAUGCUUCACAUUGCGAUGGAAGGUGGAUGUUUCGUGUUGUCAGCAUGCCAAUUCUGUCAGCGUAAAGAUUUCCCUGAGCAUCCUGAUUACUUGUUUACCGACUUGGACAACAACAAAGAACACGAUGCUAUCGUCUCCCAAGGCGGAAGUGUCAUUAUUUCACCUUUGGGACAGGUUCUCGCCGGACCAAACUUUGAAUCAGAGGGUCUCAUCACAGCUGAUCUUGAUCUUGGUGAGAUAGCUAGAGCCAAGUUAUACUUUGACGUGGUCGGACAUUACUCCAAGCCAGAUGUUCUCAGCUUGACCGUUAAUGAGCACCCGAAGAAACCAGUUAUAUUUGUGUCAAAGGUGGAGUAACCAGUUAAUAUUUGUGUCAAAGGUGGAGAAAGCAGAGGAUACUCAAACAAAUAAUAAAACAUUAUGUGAUUCCUCAGUUAAUGUUAGUCAUAUGAAGGAGUCAAGUUCAAAUUUUAUGCUAAAUUCUGUUUAUCUUUUUUUUUUUUCAAUAAUGGAAAGGACCAAUUGGAUAGGGUAAGAUCUAUGUUUGAGAAACCAAUCGGUUCUCUUCUCCUGUAUUUCAAGAUUGUGCCUGCUAUUUAUUAGUGCAGAUAUGAUUUACUUCAAUCUGUACAGUCAUUAUCUUAUAAAGAUCUUGGUUUAUCUUA